CUGACGUAGCCGGAAGAGGAAGUCGUCUCCGCUGGGGCGUUGCUGUGUUUUGGCUGCUGCUCCUGCUUCGCGGGCUGAGGGCACAGGGACACCCCCAUGUAAGGAUGGUGUGUGAAAAGUGUGAAAAGAAACUCGGCAGAGUUAUCACUCCAGACACAUGGAAGGACGGUGCCCGGAACACCACAGAGAGUGGUGGGAGGAAGCUGAACGAAAAUAAAGCUUUGACUUCGAAAAAAGCAAGGUUUGAUCCAUAUGGAAAAAAUAAGUUCUCCACUUGCAGAAUUUGUAAAAGUUCUGUACACCAGCCAGGUUCUCAUUACUGUCAAGGCUGCGCCUACAAAAAAGGCAUCUGUGCGAUGUGUGGUAAAAAGGUUUUGGAUACCAAAAACUACAAGCAGACGUCCGUGUAGAUAUGUUGAUGAAGACCCUGACUCUCUAGGAUUGUACUUUGUGCUUCAACUUUUCAAGGCAUAGCAUGAAUGGAUGUCCAUCUUACAAAAUAACCAGUUUGAAGAUGAAUGAUUCAGUCUGAAGCAGGGAAGUUGAUCAGUAUUGAUUUGUCUGCUCUCAAAAAGUUCUGAACAGCAAUGAUAUGCCCAGUUUUCUGCCUUAAGUGGUUAUUUUCCUUGUGAGCAUUUUACUGAACUAGAUAAGAGACAAAAUUAAUGAAUAAGGUGUUCCCGACUUCUGUACGCACUGUCUACUCAACAUUAUCCAUAUAAUUCUUACCUAAUCCAUGCAUUUAUUUAUAGUUACUGCAAAUGUGAAAUUACUCAUCCUUUUGCUCUGAACUUGACAUCCAGACCUCAGACUUCUCAUUUAUUCACAACAUCACAGUUCUUAGAAUGAGCAGCACCUUAGUUAAGUGCAUUUUCAUGAGCUAUAAAUUAUUGCAGAGUGGUUCCUUAGUGACCAGUCCUGCCGCAAGUCUAAGACAAGUUGCGUUUUUUAUUUAUAUUUGCUGUUGACACUAAAGUCCAACAUGUGACUGAGAGCCACGGGGCCCAACUGUCCAGGCAUGCACUGAAGUUCAGAGAUGUGCAUUCUGUCGGCAUUAUCUUAAAUUCAAAUGAGGAUAAAUUUCUUCUGUUUCGGAAUGCUCUUUGAAGCAAGAAACAAAUCUUUCCUUAACACCCCUCCACCCCAGCUGCCACUCCCUCAGAAAUAAAGCAAGCAGCCUGGCCUUUUGUGUCUUCAAUGAUGUCACUGUAGACUGCUAGGAGAUUAUUUUUGAGGUUUCAAAUGAAAGUUUUUCUUGUUGCCUUCUUAGGAUUGGGUGUUCCUCCUUUAAAACCCUCAGCUUACUUGGAGACACAGAGCGUAUUCUGUUUCCAUCAGCAGGAUCUUAAAUACACAUCACUAGCCAGGCAGUAGUGGCUCACGCCUUUAAUCCCAGCAGUGGGGAGGCAGAGGCAGGCGGAUUUCUGAGUUCGAGGACAGCCAGGGCUACACAGAGAAACCCUGUCUCAAAAAAACCAACCAAACAAAAAAAAACCCUUCUGUGUUUAAUUAACAUGAUUUGGGAGUGGUGGUUGGGUUUUAGUUUUUUGAGACAGGGUCUCUCUACAUAGCCUUGUCUGUCCUGUAGACCAAGCUGAUCUCUGGAAGUGUUGGGAUUUUUAAGUCAUGAAGGAGCCAGUGGCACAGAUCUGUGGGUGUGCUGUAUUCACACAGGUCCUUACCCUCCAGCACAGGACGGUCUGUUCUGAUUGUCCCCCCCCCACCCCUUAGCCCUGCAGUGAGUUGUUUGUCCAGAUGUCCCUGGUUCAAGUUGUAAAAUGUCUGGGCAAACCCAGCAAACAGUUAACAUGUGAUUAUUAUUUAUCAGCCUGUUCAUACAGGGCAAAGUCCGACAGUUUGUGUGGUGUUGCUUCCCUCCCAGGUCACUUAGUGAAUGAAGCUGAGUGCUUUUAAAGUUCAA